GCUGUCGCUUUCUUGUUCACUGCAAUUUAGAGCCUGUUCCCUGAUUGGUCGGUGCUCUCGCUGUUCGCUUGCUCGCUGCCCGACAUUGACGCCGGUCGGUGGAGGAAAGAAAUGGGUUGCGCGGCGUCGCGGCUGGAGAACGAGGACUGCGUUCGCCGCUGCAAGGAACGUCGCCGCCUUAUGAGAGAGGCCGUCUACUCCCGCCACCACCUCGCCUCCGCUCAUGCUGACUACCUCCAUUCCCUCCGGCUCACCGGCUCCGCCCUCACCCGCUUUGCACUCGGCGAGCCUCUCGCUGUCUCCGAGGAGGCUCCGCUCGUUUUCCUCCCUUCUUACGCCUCCUCCAUCCCCACUGCUGCAGUUGGCUCCACACUCCCAGCUCCCAAACCCAUGCCUAAACCCUCCUCCGCUCGCUCUACACCAGGGCCACCUCCCCUGUACCGUCCCUUCCAUUCCCAUUGCUUCUCACAGUCGCCUUCCCCUCCUGCUUCCGUCGUUUCCGCCUCACCUUCCUUCCGAAAGCAGUCUUCGGCAGCAACAUCCGAAGCCGGCCAACCGCGGUUCCCGCCGUGGAACUCGACAUACACCGCCACUCCUUCUCAGUCUUCCUCCGCUUGGGACUGGGAGAAGUGCUACCCUCCUUCGCCCCCCGAUUCCGAUUUUUUUGAUCGUAAGAAGAAGUCGGAGAUCGAGGCGAGGAAUCGCGUCCAACAUCACCUCCCGCCGGAAGAAGAAGGGGAAGAGUCAGACGAGGGGCCAUCGGCCCGAGAUGAAGAAGGUCGAGUAGGAAGGGAAGAGGUCUAUUACAGUGAAUGGGACGAGCGCUGCAGCAGCCCCACCAACUCUUCCGAGCCGGAGCGGCGGGAGAACCGGGAGGCCGAGAGGGACACACUCUCUCGAACCGAAAGCAUGGCCACCAGAUCCGGUUACGCCCACAGCCAGGCGCCGCCCUCGGAACUCGCAUCGUCCGCAGCGGCGGAGGUGAAGUCUCGUCCGCGACCUGCGUCGGACGCAUGGUCGUCCUCCGCCAGGUGGAAGAACGGCGUCCAGGAGGAGACAAUUUCGUCAUCUGCUGCAGCAGUCGCUGAGCUCCCUGUGGUGGUGCGCCACCGCAACCUGGCGGAGAUUGCGGGUGCCAUCGAGGAGCUCUUUGUCAAGGCGUCCAACGCAGGCAGCGUCCUCUCCGAUCUCCUCGACGUUGGCCGCGCCCACUUCGACGGCAGCUUCCGGCAGCUCAAGAAGACGGUGUAUCACUCGAACAGCGUCCUCAGCGCUCUGUCUUCAAGUUGGACGUCAAAGCCUCCUCUAGCAAUUCGGUAUCGCUUGGACACAGCUGCUUUAGAGGAAUCAGGUGGCCGGAAAAGCCUCGGCUCCACCUUGGAGCGUCUCUUGGCUUGGGAAAAGAAGCUCUUCGAAGAGGUUAAGGCAAGAGAAGGUGUAAAGAUUGAGCAUGAGAAGAAGCUUUCAUCUUUGCAGAGCCAGGAAUUUCGAGGAAAGGAUGAAGCUAAACUGGACAAGACCAAGGCUUCUAUAAAGAAACUCCAAUCACUGAUCAUAGUGACAUCUCAAGCAGUCACAACCACAUCUUCUGCCAUCACCAAAGUCCGUGAUGAUGAGCUCGCACCACAGCUUGUUCAAAUUUGUUAUGAGGUAUUGAAUAUGUGGAGACAAAUGAAUCACUUCCAUGAUGCUCAACACCAAAUAGUGCAACAAGUCCGAGGCCUUGUGAACAGUGGACUUACCGGUGAGCCAACGUCCGACUUGCAUCGGUUGGUGACGCGUGACCUUGAAGCUGCUGUCUCAGCGUGGCAUUCAAGCUUCAACCGUCUCAUCAAAUACCAUCGCGAUCACAUUCGUGCUUUAGUUGGCUGGCUUAAGCUUACACUCAUCCAAGUCAGUAGUGACGAGCACCGUAGAGAUCAUUCUUCGCCUAUAGCCACUGGACUCUCAGCCUUCUGUGAUGAGUGGAAGCAAGCUCUAGACCGCCUACCUGAUACCGUGGCCUCUGAGGCUGUCAAAAGUUUCAUGAACGUCAUCCAUGCCAUCUACACGAAACAGGCAGAGGAAUUGAAGUUGAAGAAGAAGGCCGAUACUUACUCAAAAGAGCUCGAGAAGAAAUCCACAUCACUGAGAAGCAUCGAGAAAAGAUACUACCGAUCCUACUCGAUGGUAGGCAUUGCACUUCCAGGCAAUGCCCACCGCAAUGACGGGCAGGGCUUUGAUGCACACGACCCAUUGGCAGAAAAGAAAUCGGAGAUUGCAGCAUGCCAGAGGAAGGUAGAAGACGAGAUGAUGAGGCAUGCCAAGGCAGUGGAGAUCACUCGGUCGCUGACCCUUAACAAUAUACAGACUGGUUUGCCCGGUGUGUUUCAGGCACUGACUGGGUUCUCCAGUAUGUUGGUGGAAGCCAUGGAAGGUGUUUGCCGUCGCGCAAGGUCUGUUUGAUUAAACAAACACCUUGAUACGUUUUUUUGGUUAGUUUCUUUCUUAUUUCUACAAUAGCAAAGAUUAUAUAUAUAUAUCUAUAGUUUAUAAACAGGAAUAAAAAAUCUGGUGUGUUGUCAGUUGAUCGAGUUGGAUAACUUGGUGUACAUAUCAUUUUUGAUACAUUGUGUUAGGCCCUUUCUGGAAUGUGGGAGGGAGGAUGGAGUUUUCUGUACUCGAAAAAUGGCUUGGCUUGAUUUUGCUUGGCUUGGCUUGGCUUGUGUUUUGAAUAAAGAUCAACUUGGCUUGUGCAUGGUUGGUGUGGCA